CCUGACCUUGUGAUGAGUUAUUUUUGGAAACGGAAGUUCAUAUCGACAUCUUAAAUCUGUGUUGCGUUUUGAAAUUAAUGUCUCGUGAUGCUGUUAGUUUCAAGCGUCUUUGUGACGAAGAAAGGGAAUUUCACAACUGGGUGAAGCAUGAUAAAAUUUGCUAACAUAUUUAAACAAUCAAUAAGCAAAGUUUCAUCAUUCUUACGUCAACACUCAGAAAAUAAUGCUCGGAAAAAUAACAGGAUUACUAUGCAAUCAACCAAAUAUCUAUACUGCAGAAUGGCGUCAGGUUAUUCAUUUCAGAGUCAAAAUCAAGGGGAUUUUAUGGUAGUAGGGGUAGGGAACCUUGAUAUGCUUGACACAAGACACAGUGUGGGUAUGCAGGUCAUUAAUCAGCUAGCCAAUCAGCUCAGAGUAUCUUGGACCAAUGAAAGGAAGACUUGUCAAGGCUAUGUAGCUAUUCACACUUUUGAAAAUCAGCAAAGAUGUAUUCUUCUAAAACCAAAAGUAGCCAUGAAUAUUAAUGGAAGAAGUGUCCAAAAAGCAGUAAAUCACUAUGGUAUACUUCCUGAGAAUGUCUAUCUGAUACAUGAUGAAAUUGACAAAGCUGUUGGAAAAUAUGGUUUUAAGUACGGAGGCAGUGCAAGGGGACAUAAAGGUAUUCGUUCAAUCCAACAGUCUUUACAAUCAGAGGAUAUUCCAAGGUUAUGGGUUGGAAUAGAUAGACCUGUAUCCAAGUCUGAAGUAGCAGAUUAUGUGCUUAGAAAAUUUAAUGCUGAUGAAAGGAGGGAUAUUAGUCAUACUUUAGAUAACUGUAUUCAAGCCCUGAACAAUGAAUUUCAAAAGCAGUUUGGUGUGAAGCUGCUUGAUACUACAUAAUGGUUAGUGUAAGACUAGUAACCUAAAGAGACUGUAAACAGGUUCUAAAGAUUGACUUGAAACACAGAGACUGCAGACUGGUUCUGAAGAUAGACUUGAACUCUAAAGAGAUUACAGACUGGUAACCUACAGGAUACUGCAGAUUGGUUCAGAAGAUCAUCUUGGUUACAAACUGGUUCUGCAGGUAGAGUGGUAAUCUACAGGAGACUGCAGACUGGUUCUGCUGAUAGACUGGUAACCUAAAAGACACUGCAUACAGAAUCUGCAGAUAGACACUGCUAGGAUGAGAACAAUGUGAACAGAAGAGUCCUUAUAUAUGAAAUUCAAAACCAUUGUUCAAGAAUAAAGCAUAAUAAAAAGCAGUUA